CUUACAUCGGAAACUUGGAUUCGUUACAGAUUUUAUUAGAUCUUAGUUACAAUGAGUUGAGUGGAGAGAUUCCAUCAGCUCUGGGAAAACUAAGCAAACUGAUAAAACUCAAUUUAUCCCAUAACAAGCUUUCCGGCUCAAUUCCAUCCUUAUUUGAUCAAAUGCUUAGUUUGAACAUUAUCGAUAUUUCGUUCAAUGAGUUGAGUGGUCCUAUUCCAAAUAUCAAGGCUUUUGAGGAUGCUCCAAUUGAUUCAUUGAGGAACAACAAAGAGUUAUGUGGUAAUAACUCUCGAGUUUUAAAACCAUGUAAUUCCUCGGUUGUUACUGGAAGAAAAGAGGCCAAACAUAGUAAACUUGUGCUAAUAAUCCUUCUUCCUUUGUUUGGUACGUUGUUUCUUUUAUUCGUACUCCUCGCCAUCUUGUUCCGCCUUCGAAAAAAAUCGGUAAGAAAUGCUGCGCCGACAGAUCAAGAUAGAGGUACCGGUACCCAAAGAAAUUUAUUUUCCAUUUGGAAUUACGACGGUAAAAUAGUUUUCGAGCAUAUAAUAGAAGCGACCGAGAAUUUUGAUGCAAAAUACUGCAUUGGAGCGGGAGGAUAUGGGAGCGUUUACAAAGCAGAGUUGUCAACUGGUCAGGUUGUUGCUGUCAAGAAACUUCACUCGUCAGAUGAAGAAUCUGAGAUAUCUGAUCUCAAGUCAUUCGAAAGUGAAGUCCAUGCAUUGACAGAAAUCCGACAUCGGAACAUUGUGAAACUUUUCGGUUUCUGUUCUAAUCUUCAAAGGAGAUUUUCAUUUUUGGUUUAUGAGUUCGUGGAAAGAGGAAGUUUGAAAAAUGUUUUAUGCAAUGGGGAACAAGCAGUGGAGUUCGAUUGGAUAAAGAGGGUGGGAUUUAUCAAGGGAACAGCUAGUGCACUUGCUUACAUGCACCAUGAUUGCAUUCCAGCAAUAAUUCACAGGGAUAUAUCUAGCAAUAAUAUUUUGUUGGAUGCUGAAUAUGAAGCUCGAGUUUCUGAUUUUGGUACGGCCAGGAUUUUGAAGCCAGAUUCAUCAAAUUGGACUUCACUUGCAGGAACCUACGGAUAUGUUGCUCCAGAGCUUGCCUAUACAAUGAAGGUGACCGAGAAAUGUGAUGUUUAUAGUUUUGGGGUGAUCAUAUUAGAAGUACUUAUGGGAACACAUCCGUCUGAAUUGAUCACGUUGCUCUCGCAAAUUCUUCUUUCAUCUCCAUCAUUGAGUAAUAUGGGGCAAAACAUAAGAUUGAGAGACAUCUUGGACCCAUGCCUUGGAGCACCAUCAGAUAUUCUGAAGAAAGAAAUAAUGUACAUCGUGAAGGUUGGAUUCUCAUGCUUACGAGGUGAUCCAAGUACUCGGCCAACUAUGCAAGAAGUAGCAGUAGAGCUAUCAUUGUCGUCUGCUCAGAGCAGGGCAAGUUUAGAGAAGCCUUUUGAAAUGCUUACAUUAGGAGACAUUUUGUUGUCAUAAAAAUUUGUGUAACCCAGUCAUCUUCUUAUUUUCUUUUCGUUUUGUUGUCAUAAUAAAUUAUUCAGUUAUGAGCUUCUUUUUUUUC